UCAUUCGACACUCCAUCUAUAAUCGGCGACAAAAACGUUGAAGUAAAAACGAAGUGUGUGAAGCUUACUGUUCUAUAGAAAAAUCGUUUGAACCAUUUUUCGCUGGCUACCCCCAGGGGCACAGUUGCAUCCCUUUCCGUUGACGCGGGUCUCGCUCGUACGCUUGAUAUCAUUUUCCUUGCGUUUGUCACCCCGCGUUGGGAGAUCAUAUCAACAUCAUGAGUCCUUCAGAAGCCCAGUCCUAUGGACUUCGAAGCUCUAAAUCCAGUCGCCUUCCCGGCCCUUCGACAACCGUAGGAGCAGGACUCACCGAAUGGACCGAUUCCCAGCACAAUCGAAGCCAAUCGGCAAUCCCUGGACCAGCAACCACAAAGGGGAUCAAGCGCGAAAUCCCCCAGCCAGCCCCCCAACCCGAAGCGAAGCGCAAACUCCUUUCCGAGCGUGCGAUCGAAUAUCCAGCCAAAGCUUCUGCGUCUGCCUUGGUGCAAAGCACACGCGCUGCUGUUAAGGGUCAAACCCUUGCGAGCAUGUCGCAGCUUAAGCAGCCGACCAAAGCCACCCCCAAUACUCUUAAGGCUUCCACAAGCGGACUCACCAGGUCUGUUGCAGCUGCUCGAAAUGUUGCCCCUAUGGAGCGACCCGUAUCGAGAGCGCAGCCACGAAGCAUGCACACUCGCUCGAAGAGCCAAGCCGCUCUUGUCAGACCGCGGACCGUACAUGGCCACCGGGAAGACGAAUCGUUUGCCUUGUCUAUCUCAAGCAGUAAUGCAUUCGAUGUGGAGGGCCGAGUUGGUGACAUGGAGUCAUCAUUCAAAGAAUUGAAAGAUAUCGUUAACAGCACCCUGAUUCAGAAGAAGGGACACGACGAUGCAUUGGAAAUGGCAAAAACAAGAGUCUCGGAGUUGGAGGGUGACCGAAAGUCGCUUUCGACGCGCAACGAAACCCUGAAGCAAGAACUUGAAGUUGUGCGAGACGAAGCUAGAGAACUCAAGCACCAGCUCGAAGACUCUCGUAGGCAGCAUCAGAGAGAUGUUGACGAACUGUCACGGACACACAAGCAGGCUGAGGACGAUCUUGCACGACAACACCAAAGCUCCAUUGACCAGCUGAGCCGCGAAAUAGAUCUUCUCAAAGACCAAGAGAUGAAGGAGUAUCAAGAGCAAAUAAACAUGCUGAAGCGACAACACCAGCAAGAUCUAGACGAUGAGAAGCAAAGAGGCAAGCGUGAAGCGCAGGACAUCCAAGCGCGUAUGAACAAUGAGCAACAAGAGUUCAAUAUCUCGAUGCUGCGCAAAGACCGCGAUGUUCAGGAAAUGAGAUCUGAGUGUGACAGUCUGCGAACUGAAGUCGACCGCCAAAAGGGUUUGAAUGGCACAUUACAAGCGAGUAUUUGUGAGCUAUCUGCUGCCAACACUACCUUUGAAGCUAAGGUCAACUCUCUGAGAUUGCAAGUCGACUUCCUUGAGUCUGAUAGCAAGGCGCAAUCGGACUCAUUUGCCGACAUGGAAACGAAGCUGCAAGAGGCUUUGCGGAUGGCAGAGGAGGCCGAUCGACGUUUGAUGAAGGCCGAGACUGAACGCCGCGUCCUAUUCAACAAGUAUCAGGAGCUGAAAGGCAACAUCCGUGUUAUGUGCCGUGUCCGCCCUGCUCGAGAUGAAAUUGAAGGUGCCAAGGCUGGCAUCUCGUUCCCAGAUGAUAAGACAUCAGCCGAAAUCUUACUCGCUGGACCUGAGGAGAAGAGCAGCCUGGGUGCUGUGACACGCAAAAACUAUCCUUUUGAAUUCGACAGGGUGUUUACGCCGUCGACUCAAAAUGAAGAGAUUUUUGGCGAAAUUUCACAGCUGGUUCAGAGCGCGCUCGACGGCUACAAUGUCUGCAUCUUUUGCUAUGGUCAGACUGGCUCUGGUAAGACAUAUACCAUGUCUUCCCCAGACGGUAUGAUCCCGCGGGCUACGCACAUGAUUUACGACACGAUUGAGAAGCUCAAAGAAAAGUCAUGGACGUACACCAUGGAGGGAUGCUUCGUAGAGGUGUACAACGAAGAGCUGAAUGAUUUACUCACGCCCAACGACCGCAACGGAGACAGCAAGUCAAAGAAGUUAGAGAUUCGACAUGACGAAGUGCGCAAACAGACCAACAUUGCCAAUUGCAAGUCGGUCAUACUUGACUCGCCGGAGAAUGUUGAGCUGAUGCUCAGUGAGGCACAGAAGAACCGCUCUGUCGCUGCCACCAAAGCCAACGAGCGAUCCUCCCGAUCACAUAGCAUCUUUAUUCUGAAGCUUGUUGGUGAGAAUUCGGCCACUGGUGAGCGCUGCGAAGGCACACUCAACCUGGUAGACUUGGCUGGCUCAGAGCGACUGAAGCAGUCACAGGUAGAGGGCGAUCGUAUGAGGGAGACACAGAACAUCAACAAGAGUCUAAGCUGCCUGGGCGAUGUGAUUGAGGCUCUGGGCCGCGGAUCGGGACACAUCCCGUACCGUAACUCGAAGCUGACGCAUCUGCUGCAACACAGUUUAGGCGGCAACAGCAAGACACUCAUGUUUGUCAUGGUCUCGCCACUAGAGACGCAUCUGAAAGAAACUCUCACUAGCUUGCGCUUUGCCACAAAGGUCCAUAACACGCACAUUGGCCAGGCCAAGGCGACCAAGAAGAUCAAGGGCCAAGAGGAGAAGUAACGCGAACCUUUUGAGAGAUUUUGAAUUUACGAUAGAAAUGAACAUUGGAAAUCAGUACAUGAGGGAACCCGGAUAUGGUUUUUGUGUUUUUAUUUUGGUGGGCGCGUGCAUUGCGAUAUUUUAUAGGAGUUUGCUUUUUGGAAUUUUGGUUGGAAAUGCUUCUCCUACUACUACUGCCUGUACAAACAAUAGAGGGGAUUUUGAUCUUGACCUCGCAAUUGAAAACAAUCUUGUCAGC